CAAACUGCGGCCAUUGCCGUAUAUAGGGAACGUGUACGGCAUUGUUUGGAAGGAAGAAAGCGCGCUUGGAGGGAUUGGGCACAAGAGAUCGAGCUAAAAUCUUGCGUCCCUUGCCGCGGCGCCUUGGAUCUGGGGCGUGGAGCGUGCAAUCCAGGUUUCUCGAGAUGAGUUGUUGAUCGCAGUUACGAUACAAUGGACUUGUUAUUCCAAAAGGCUCGAGAUCUUGCGCAGGAGACCGCAAAGAAAUCUCAAGACUUUGCCAAGGAGGCUGCGAAGUUCUCGCAAGAGCUGGCACUAGAAACCGCGAAGAAAUCCAAGGAGUUGGCUGUGGAGGCUACCAAAAGAGCCGAUCAAAUUAAGGCGUUUGCUACCGCGGAGCUCUCGCCUGGAAGCGUAACUCCUCCGAGCCCUUCACAAGAGGAACUUGAAACGUAUGGGAUCACACCAGAGCUCCGAGAGUUCGUCAAGACCUUCACGAUAAGAACGUUUCGGGACUACGAUACCAAAGACUUGAACGGAACAGGAGUUCGCCAAGAUCUAAGCGAAUGGCAGGAGAAACACGCAGUGUUCCUUCUUCAAGUUGUUCCGGAUCUCUCUGAUUUUCGCUACGUUUUGUGCCCGCGAAGGAUGAAAGAGACCACCUUCUGGAAAAUCUAUUUCAAGCUCGUCGAGAACUACAUCGCCCCAUAUGAAGCGCGUGCAAACAUCACAAAGGUGGACGAUCAGACGUCCAGCACAAAACCAGAUCAACCGAGAGAAGAAAGCUCGAGCGAUGCAAUCGACAAGAAACCGCAUCCUUCCGAUCACGAUCUGGACGCCUACCUUUUGGGAGCCCUCGAUGGUCACGACGACGGACAAGGUGAUGAUGGAGAUUCCGAUCCAGAAGACUUCGAUCGCCUGGUCAACAACACGGGUCUAGAUAGCGACGGCGAAGAUGGUGUUCACAAAAGCGAAGCAGCAGGUUCUUCCGAUGGGGAGCUUGUAGAAAUUCCGGAUAGCGCAAAAGCUCAAAGCGAGCACUGUAAGUAAGCUUUGUCAAGCUGGUAAGAAUACAUUUCGCAAAUGGUUCCAUCU